AUGAGUUUCUUGAAUAAAGUAGUUAUAGUGACUGGAGCUAGUUCUGGUAUAGGAGCAGCUACAGCUAUUCUUUUUGCUAAGGAAGGAGCUAAUGUGGUAUUGGUGGGUCGAAACGUGGAAAAAUUACAAAAUGUUUAUGAAAAGUGCGUUAAAUUUGGUAACAAAUCCAUUCAAAUCAGAGCCGAUAUAAGCAACGACGAAGACGCUAAAAGGAUAAUUGAAAAAACAAUUGAAAUAUUCGGAAAACUUGAUGUCCUUAUCAAUAAUGCUGGAUUGGUCCGUUUCGCGAAAAUUGAAGAUGACGACAUUAUGGAAGUUUUCGAUACAAUUUUAAAUACAAAUUUACGGGCUCAAGUGCAUUUAACACAUUUAGCUAUUCCAUAUUUGAUUAAAACGAAAGGAAAUAUCGUUAAUGUAUCCAGCAUAUCAGGUACCUUACCUCCAGCGACGAAAAUGAUUGCUUAUGGCACAUCUAAAGCUGCCCUAAACCACUUUACCAGAGGUGCUGCAGCAGAAUUUGCAGCGCAUGGUGUACGAGUAAACACAGUAAGCCCUGGUCCAGUUAAAACUGAUGUUUUAUUAAACGCUGGUAUAAGUGAUCCUCUAGAGAAACUAUAUCCUACACCGUUGCAAAGAAUCUCGGAACCACAUGAAAUUGGUGAUCUUAUUCUAUUUCUGGCAAGCGAUAAGGCUCGGGCUAUCACUGGAUCUGAAUUUGUGUCUGAUAAUGGGUACAUGUUAAAACGU